UUCCGUCUGUAGACGGAAAUGGCCUCCCCCAGGUCCAAUCCUAUGAUUCGUGUAGAAAUGCUGGAGAAAACGGAGGGGGUGGGGUCUGGUGUCCGAUUCAGUGUGCAAGCUGCCGACCCGGCGCGAAUCCUGCUACGUUCAAUACUCCAUCGCUGAUAGAACUAUUUUAACACCAGGGAGCUCCAUCUAUCAAAGUGGGUCCGGUUUUAUGACACAGGAGCGCUGCUAUUUAGGACAUCUUGAGUUAAGCAGAGAGGACAUUCGGCACAUCUUGCUUGCUAGUAGAUCAUAGCACUGCAAUUUGAAAUGCGGUAUAUAACCGAGGGAGCAUCUUUAAAAGAAGAGGAAAAGAAAGUGAAGAACAAGUGGAGGUGGGCUUGGCUGGACGAGCAGGACUCCGCGGGCAGGCAGUUCCGCGGCUGGUGUAGAAAGAUCAGUGAAGCCGGAGUAUGUUACUGCAUCGUUUGCAACAAGACCAUCGUGUAUGGAGGCAACGGAAAGAAAGUAUUGGUAAAACACGCCAACUGCGACCGAAAACACGCUGCAAAGACGGGUGAAAUCGUUACGGGGAAGCUGUCUGUCCCAGACCGAGUUUCAGAUCUGAAGUUACACGUCACUGUGUUGAGGGCAGGAGAGCUGCCUGCAUUAAAACGCUGCUCACAAUGCUGUCAGCUGCAUCACUGUCCUUUUUGUAAGCCAUCUAUAUACAAGCCCAGGGACCGAUAUAACGUGAGGCGGCACUUGGGGGCCCAUCUUAAACGGGCAGUACAGUAUGAAGGAUACUCGGUGUGCAAAUGCAACCUGGACUGCAGACCAGCUGGACAUUUCCAUUGUAUCAGUUGUUCAAAGACACUGAUAAGGAGGCAAGAUAUAAUAAAUCACCUUUCGAUAUGCCAUCAAAAGCAGGUUCAGGGAGCGGCUUCCACGCCCCACAGCACAGCCUCGCUGCACUUCCAGGCACCAAGCGCUUCCACGCCCCACAGCACAGCCUCCCUGCACUUCCAGGCACCAAGCGCUUCCACGCCCCACAGCACAGCCUCGCUGCACUUCCAGGCACCCUGUCCUGUACAAGAUGUCUCCUCUGUGCCUCUUCAGGCCACACGGUUACAUCAGGGAAACAUUCCCCCCAGUGAGGAGGUGACGGAGGCGGCCUGCUCUCUGAUCUGCGACUGGGCUGAGCGCAUCCUGAAGCGCUCCUUCGACACGGUGGUGGAGAUCGCUCGCUUCCUGAUCCAGGAGCACAUUGUCAACCCUCGCUCCAGCACCGCACACAUCAUCAUGUCUGCAUCUCUCGCCGAAAACCCUGCCAGACCCGAUAAACGUCCCAGGAUUGAAGAGGAGAGCAGUUCUGCACAGAGAACCAAGCGAAAGAAGUCUGAAGCAGACAACAUGCAUUUCUUCUCGCAGAUUCAAAUCCCAGCCAGCCCCAAGUCAGCAGCAAGGAGGCAGAGGAACGGGACCAGCCAGCAGAACCUGGGCACCGCCUGCCCCUCACCCCUCACACUGCUGCCCAGAGAGCCAGUCGUACCCAUCGUCACGGGCAACACGCCCCUCACACGAGAACCAGCCGUACCCAUCAUCACAGGCAACUCGCCCCUCACACCACAGCAACAUCCCCUGCCCACCCGCAGCAGGGCCAGCUUGCCUUGCUCCGAAACAGCAGCUGGGAUUCAUCACCCUACAGGGGGCCUCCGAGACUGCGAGGCCCAGAGCUGGGCAUGUGAGGGGUGGGCAACCCAGUGGAGAUCAAGGGAUCCCACGGAGGCCGGAUCUGAGGAACCGGAACACGAACGGACAGGCAACCUCCCCCCGCCGUGCGGAAGGGAGCUCUCGGACAUCAUCGAAGUCAUCAUCCAGGACGACAGGGGAGCGGGAGCACUGCGUCCCGCCAGUGCGGGAAACACAGAGGCUGCACAGCGGGAAACCAUAGACCUGACUGCAGAGAGCCCUUAAGAACGGGAGCAGGGCAUGGGGGCUAAUCAAGUACUGCGAGGGGUGACGCUGCUUUGCUCUGCAGAUAUGCUUGAAACUGGUGGAGCAGCCCUUCUGCACACAGUCCUGGGGUUCAGAACUCCCCUUGUUGAAUGUACACUUGAAUGUAUUUUUGCUUGCGAUUGUAAGUCGCCCUGGAUAAGGGCGUCUGCUAAGAAAUAAAUAAUAAUAAUAAUAAUAAUAAUAAUGUUCCUGCAGUGACCAGGUUCUGGGAGUUUGAACACUCAGCUGGUGGAAGCUGGGUUUACAGCAGUGUCUGGCCACUGUCCUACUCAUUUACAGGACACUGUAAUAUACUACAAGCAUAUAAUAUGCCAUGAAUCAGGGGGCGUUGUUUCAUUCAUGUUUCAUUGUGCUUAUCAGAUAAAACCUACAAUCGGAAACCCUGUUGAUAAUAAAUGAUUACAUUUGCAUGCAUC